CUGCUUGAACUGGAUCGGCUGCCAUUAGAGCGAAUUGCCUUUAAGCCAAUUUUUUGCUCCUGUGGAUUCCAGCUGUUGAUUCCUUGGCGAGGCUGCGCUUUCAGGGGCAAUUGUUUCCUGGCGCUCUUGAAAUACCUCACCCUGAGAUCUACAUUGGAGAUCUUCCUUGGAGACUCCUGGGUUGAUUGCCUGUAUUUAACCACCAUGGGCGACCAAGAAUUUUCGUCUGACCCUGAACAGAUUCCUGUUCCUCCCAGGCCAAAGAAGGCCUCAAAAAGAAGGCCUGCUACCCAGGCUUCAGCCUCUUCAGCUAAUCAGCAUUUAACUAUUUCGGACAGGGAGGAACAGCGGAGACACAAUGCCCUGGAGAAACAAUUUUCCAGGGCUCAAAAACAAGCCCAACUCGCAGGGGAGGUGGUUCUGGAGUCUUCCUCUCCUCAACUGGAUCCAUUGGGCUCAGAGACGACCCAUCUGGCAUCACAAGAUAUGCCUUCUGAUUUACCUCAGGCACCCAUGUUACCUGAUAAGCCGGGACCUUCAGCGUCAUUUACCCCCACGGCGGCUGGUCUGAGGCCUCAGGAGGCUUUAGGUUGGGCCCCUCAAUUAGACUUCCAGGCCCUAUUUACAGAUGCACUGGCUAAGGCAAUCACCUCAGGCCUUCAGCAAGGGGGACAGUCCCAGUUUGGGUGUCAUACUUGUCAGAGGCCAGCCUCUUCCAUGCCUGCUUGUGGGCAUCCUCCUGCUAUGCAUCCUCCUCCUCUCCCUCCACCCCCCCUCCACCCCCUCCCCUGCCUGCCCAGGCAACCCAGCCUUCCUUAG